UCUGGCUCUUCCAUUUUCUGGUUGUGUGUGGUUUCCCUCAUCGACUCUUCUGGGCUGCCCUCGAUUUCGUUUCAAACGAUCCUUUCGAGUUUCGAUCGCCAUCUCCCAACAGAGAAAGCUUCGAGCUCGAGAGAGAAGAAUCCAUGGGUUCCUCGCCGGUUCAGGGUCGGCUCGAUAUAUUCGAGAUAUAUCGCAGAUUUUGUGUUCUAGCUCGGUUGCUUGGAGGUCUGUGUUCUGUCUUUGAAUCCUGAGUUGUUGUUCUGUUCCCAAAUCCUCUGACAUUGCUAUGGAUAAAGGUUGAUUCUUUUGAGCUCAAUGGUUUUGGGGUUUCGGUUGAUGGACAAGCUGAUAACAUUAUAUGUAUGAAGCUUCCUGCUUUGCUUAUUGAAGUUGAGAAUGACAUUCGAUCAAGUCAAGUCUUAUGUAAUAUUAAUAAAAACAACGAGGAAACACAAAGAAGUAAAUAUUCUAAAGAAGCGUUAACUCACCUCAUGAGUCUAGUCGAGAACAAGUUUCAGGCAAGAAACUCCAUUUUUGAUGAAUUGUUCAAGUUGAUGUCACGGCUGGACUUAAUGGUGGACUUCUCCGAGUUUACCCGCUUCUAUGAUUUUGUUUUCUUUAUGUGCCGUGAGAAUGGACAGAAGAGUAUAACUGUAGCAAAAGCUAUUACCGCGUGGAAACUUGUUUUGGCUGGGAGGUUUAGAUUACUUAACCGCUGGUGUGACUUCACCGAGAAAAAUCAACGGCACAAUAUUUCAGAAGAUACCUGGCAACAAGUCUUGGCGUUUAGUCGUUGUGUUCAUGAGAAUCUUGAAGGAUAUGACUCCGAAGGUGCUUGGCCUGUCCUCAUCGAUGAGUUUGUUGAGCAUAUGUACAGUAUUCUAGGACCGAGUAAGAACACUAGCUUGUCCUGUAACUGUGGUGACACAGAAUCUGAAUCAUGCCUCUAUGAAGAUCCUCUUUCAGAUAAGCAUCAUAAAGAUGAUAGUCGCUACCACACGGGUUUAAGAAGUGUUCCAGGCUUAAAGAGAAAAACAUCCCAAGCCUACGAUGAUGAAGAUGAUGAUGAAGAAGUAUCUGAAAGUCGAUACUCUUAUUCGUCUCCAUACUUGAAACGAUUCAGAUCCGAGGACAGCCCAAGAUGUUCAUCCAACUCGCAGUGUAUGAUUGAGCGAAGUCUCUCGCAAGGGUUUGCGAGUCUUUUAUCGACUGGUGAUAAGCCGUGAAACGCAAGAAACCAUCCUACAUAAGCAACAGAUGAUUAUAUACAAAACAAAAAAGAGGUCUCAAGUUAACGGUGAGUUCUUAUUUUGUUGUGAGCUAUAUCAUAUUUGUUCCCCAAUCGAUUUAUACACUGAGUUUCCAUUUUACAUUUUCGAGUUUUAGAGCAAAAAAGACUAUUAUGUUCCCUGUGUUA